AUGGCCCCUGGAAACAAAUUCAAGAACUCUGAACUGAUAUUACUGUGUGAAUGGGAAGAAUGCCUUUUUGUAGGAAAAUGUAUGGAGGAAUUUUGUGACCACAUUGCAGAACACUUGAAAGAGUAUCGACAACAUCCUCUGGAAAGAACAGAGCAGUACCAUUGUUGGUGGAGAAAUUGUGAAUUUUUGGCUACGGGUCCCAGGGAGCUGGUAACCCAUGUAAAUUUUCAUAGUUACCACACCAAGUUGAAAUUCUUAGGCUCUCAGUUAAGGGCAUCACACCAAGAUUGGCCAGCAUGUUCCCAGAACAGCCAUAACCAGAAUCAGAUACCAAGGAUUUCAGAGAUGUAUGUUUGCCAAUGGGAGAAUUGUGAUGUUACCUACAACAACCCAGAAUGGUUUUAUCGGCAUGUUGCCAUGCAUGCAUACUCUACUAAGAAAGAAAACAUUUCAAGUAACAAGAAAGCUAUUUGUUGUUGUAACUGGAAAGAUUGUUCAGGAACAUUUAAAGGAAAGCACAAGCUAUGGGAUCACUUAAGAACCCACACUCAAGAAAGAGUGGUGGCCUGUCCCUCUUGUGGAGCGAUGUUCUCCAAUAAUACCAAGUUUUUUGAUCAUGCCAAGCGACAGGUUUCAGAGGAUCUAUUUGUUUGUCAGAAUUGUGACAAACACUUUGCCAAUGAGAGGUUACUACGGGACCAUAUGAGAGGACAUGUUACCCAUGUUACAUGUCCAUUUUGUGAUAUGGUAUGUACAAGUGUCUCCUCUCUGAAAGCGCACAUCAGAUUCCGACACUGUGAUGAACGCCCUUUCCACUGUGAUCUCUGUGAGAGUAGUUUUAAGAAUGCUUAUGAUCUUCAUAAACAUGUUGAAACACACAAUGAUUCAAAUGCCUACAGCUGUGAUGUAGAAGGAUGUGUUUUUACUUCACGGACUUCACAGAUCUUGAGACAGCAUUACAAGAGAGCACAUAUGAAUAAUGGCAAUCUAAAAUAUAAAUGUCACAUCUGUCAGAAAUGUUAUUCCUGGUGUUACACAUUGACUCUGCAUCUUCGCAAGGCGCACAAACUCAGCUGUCAUUCUCGCUUCAGAUACAAAGAAGAUGAUGAUGGGUACUUGAGGCUGAAUGUAGCAGUUUAUAAUGCUGUCAUGGGUUUAGAUCAGGGUCUUGAGAACAAGAUGGCACCAAAGAAGUCUUCAGUAGUUCAAAACAGUACUGGAAAAGACAGCUAUGCCUCUUGCAAAAGAAGCCAUUCAUCAGUGGAACUACAUACCACAAGAUGUCAGAGAUGGUCACAAACUACUGCAGAAAAGGUUAUGGUAGAAUCAGAGACCUCCAUAAUGGAGCCAGUGUAUUUUGAACUUCAAACUACACCACAGUCAUUUGAAAACUCUGCUUCUUCCUCUGAACUUGAUGAAGCAAUGACAUUGAAUACAAAGGAAAAAUUAAUAGAAAUUGCAAUGGGCUUGGGAAUUCAGGUUGCUGUUUAAGAAAAAUGCAUUUUCUUGGAUUUUACCUUGGGACCUAUUUAGUACUCCUGGAAGAGUUCAUUAUUUGAACUAAAUAUGAAAUUUACAAAGAGUCUGCAUUGUUUUCACUUGUCAAAUUUUGUAUGUAGCAUUGUGUAUAUAUUUGUUAAAUAUACUAAAUUAUUU